UUCCCUGACAGCCGCUGUAGUUGCCCCACCCUGCAACUGCCAAACAACCGCCGAUUAUCCGAUCCCUCCCAUCUUCUGCUGGGCGCUCGUUGCUCUGCCCUAUUUCUGUCGAUUACGUCUGUCGCGCAUCCCAUCGAGCUUGCUAGUGCUUGUCCCGUGUCACACGUACCCAACUCUAAUUCUCAACUCGCUUUCUCCCAACACCACCCCAAUAACGACAACAACAACAAUACGACAACCCAUUCACGCCCGCUCGCUCGCUCGCUCAAUCGCAGCACCACCACCGCCGCCCACUCGUCGUCGUCGUCACGAAUGCCGAAAAGCAACGAGAAAUUCGAUGCCACAGAAUCUCACGUAUUUGUAUCCGGCGUGAUAGCGGGCCUAAUAUCACGCUUCGUCAUAGCGCCGCUCGACGUCGUCAAGAUCCGACUGCAGCUGCAGGCUCACGGGCCGCACGCGGCGCUCACGGCGAUAGACGGGCCGACGUACCGCGGGAUCGUGGGCACGAUGCGCACGAUCGUGCUGCAGGAGGGGAUCCGCGGGCUGUGGAAGGGGAACAUUCCCGCGGAGUUUCUGUACAUGACGUACGGGCCGGUGCAGUUCGUAGCGCUAAAGGAAUGCACGGCGCUGAUAAAGCGGGCGGCGCCGGGGGUCGGCGAGGAGGCGAGGAAUUUUGUUGCUGGCGGGACGGCAGGCGCUGUCGCUACCGCUGCGACAUACCCGUUCGACCUGCUGAGGACUAGGUUUGCUGCCCAGGGGAGUAAAAGGGUGUAUGAGAGCAUCGUGCACUCCGUCAGGCAUAUCUAUGAGCAUGAGGGAACACAGGGAUACUACAGGGGCAUUGGCGCAGCGCUGGUCCAGAUAGUCCCGUAUAUGUCCCUCUUCUUCUGCUGCUACGAAGCAACACGCACCUACACCGUCGACGUCGUGCACAUGCCCGAGCAAUGGUCGAACCUAGUCUCAGGGGGAAUCGCCAGCACGCUGAGCAAAACGAUCGUGUUCCCGUUCGACCUUGUGCGCAAGCGCUUGCAAGUGCAAGGUCCCACACGCUCACAAUACGUGCACCGCAACAUCCCCGCCUACGUCGGCGUCGUCGGCACGCUGCGGGACACGGUGAAGUACGAGGGGUUCCGUGGACUGUACAAGGGGCUGACGGUGUCGCUCGUCAAGGCUGCCCCCCUCAGCGCCGUCACUAUGUGGACUAUGGAGAACUCGCUGAAGAUUAUGGAGUGGAUCGAUCCUAGUACUAAGGGGGAGGUGGAUUAGGACGCAUUAUCUACAUGGGAACGGACGCAUUGGGCGGAAGGGGGGACGGCGUUUGACUUUUUUUUUUUUUUUUUUU